ACGCUUGCAAGAUGCCUUCAAUUAAGUUGCAGAGUUCUGAUGGAGAGAUAUUUGAAGUUGAUGUUGAAAUUGCCAAACAAUCUGUGACAAUCAAGACCAUGUUGGAAGAUUUGGGAAUGGAUGAUGAAGGAGAUGAUGACCCAGUUCCUCUACCAAAUGUUAAUGCAGCGAUAUUAAAAAAGGUCAUUCAGUGGUGCACCCACCACAAGGAUGACCCUCCUCCUCCUGAGGAUGAUGAGAACAAAGAAAAGCGAACAGAUGAUAUCCCUGUUUGGGACCAAGAAUUCCUGAAAGUUGACCAAGGAACCCUUUUUGAACUUAUUCUGGCAGCAAACUACCUAGACAUCAAAGGUUUGCUUGAUGUUACAUGCAAGACUGUUGCCAAUAUGAUCAAGGGGAAAACUCCCGAGGAGAUUCGAAAGACCUUCAAUAUCAAAAAUGACUUCACUGAAGAGGAGGAAGCCCAGGUACGCAAAGAGAACCAGUGGUGUGAAGAGAAGUGAAAUGUUGUGCCCGACACUGUAACACUAUAAGGAUUGUUCCAAAUACUAGUUGCACUGCUCUGUUUAUAAUUGUUAAUAUUAGACAAAACAGUAGAUAAAUGCAGCAGCAAAUCAAUUGUACUAGCAUAAUAUUGUUCCCAUUGCAUGUGUAGUUUCAGUACUGAUUCCAAACCAAUGGCUGAAUUUCUUCUAGUCUGAGCAAAUAUUCUGAAUAAAACGGAACUGUGGGUUCUCUGUAGAAAGUUGACAUUUUGAGCUUUCCCUCUUUUUGUAAAGUGAUUUCUGCCUAGUUUAUUGUCCAGUUGAUGUUAGUGAGCUUUUAAAAGUUGGCAUUGUAAAUAAAACAACUUGCAAAACGUUUUCUGAAAUAGAAUUAACAAAAUACAUCUUUAUUCAGAAGUUGGAAACUGGAAAAAGGCUACUUGAAAUAACGGUUCCCAGUGGGAUCAUUGGGGGGACGUCUUCCAGCCUCCAGAGUCAAGCAGUGUCACUGGUAUAUAUAGGCCCGUGGAAGUGGGGCUCCCCUAGCUGGACCUGAGGUCUUGUUUUACUUGUUUUUAAAGUUUAAAUGUCAGCGUUGAGUAUGUUGCCUAGAGACUCAGUAACUACCAAGUUUAUGGUUUGGGGAAAAAUGUAACUAGACAGUUUAUUAGCUUUUCAAUUAAAGACAACACUUAA